AUGCAUAGAGAUCUGGAAGGAAAUGUUGUUGGUCAGUUAGAUAGUGCAGAUCAAGUGGAAUAUGAAAAGGAAUCGGAAAUUGUGGAACGUAAAGGUAUGGCUAUGAAAAUUAACUAUUGGAAAGUUUACGAAAGUUCAAACCAAAUAAUAGAAAUAUUUCUGGAUGAUAUUUGCUAUGAAAUAUUUUCUUUUCUUCGUCCAUAUUUUGUUUUGAAUCAUUGUGCUUUGGUUUCUAAACAGUGGUUUAAUGUCAUUCGAAAUUAUUCGAAACUUGAUAUUGAAUUUAAAAAGGUGAUCAGUGCAAAAAAUGUUAAAUUACUUGCCAGUAGCCAGUUCUUAGAAUCUAUUAGAAGUGUCCGAAUUGUUUUCGACACUUUAUUGGAAUUUUGGCGAACCAUUGAAAAGAUGAAAAACUUGACGAAACUUUUUUUAAGUGAAAAUAUCAUUUUUGGGGAAUUACUCUUUGAUACAUUAAGGCCACUCGCUCCACGUUUGAAACUUCUCAAGAUUGAGAAUAAUACUAUCAGAUAUAACGCAGUUAACUUUAUUGGAGAAAUGAUAAAUUUGGAAGAAUUGUAUAUUCAAAGAAAUAUGAUUUCAUUAAUUUUACCAAUUAAGGAAUUGAAACAUUUACAUACUCUAGAUAUUGGAAAUAAUGAAAUUGGAAUGAUAGGAGCAUCAGUAAUUGGUGAAAUGCAACAAUUGACACGAUUAAAUGUUGAGAAUAAUUCGAUAACGACAGAUGGAGCUAGAUCAAUUGGAAAAUUGAAAAAUUUGACAGAAUUGAAUAUCAAAAAAAAUUCUAUUGGACAAGAGGGAGUUCAACAUCUUUGUGAAUUGGUUAAAUUGACCAGAUUGAAUCUCAAUUACAAUCAAAUCGGUGACAAAGGAGCUCUAUUGAUUAGUCUGAAUAUGAAACAUUUAACUGAUUUGGAUAUCACUGAAAAUCAUAUAACUGUUGCAGGAAUCAGAUCAAUCAGUAAUUUAAAAACUCUCACUUCUCUUUCCAUUGGAUUUAAUAGGCUAAAUUCGAAAUGUGUGGAAUGGAUUUGUGAACUAGAUCAAUUAGUUCAUUUAGAUGCAAAAUUUAAUGAAAUUGAUGAUGAAGGAGUUUUGUUAAUUAGUGAAAGAAUGAAACAAUUGACAAGUGUCAAUUUGAUGAGUAAUUAUUUGAGUAUGAAAGGAGCAAUUGCAAUUGGUGAAUUACCUGAAUUAAUUUCAUUGGAAAUUGAUAAUGCUUUUUUAACAGUUAAAGUAACUUUAGCGUUAAGAAGACAAAAAAAGAAGUAA